GGGGAGGGUCAUUGCGUGAAGGUCGCGAAGCAUGCCGGGAGGCGCAAGGCCGUAAGGGAGUAACGGCUUCUCGGCGUGGUUUAGUGUCGUGGUUGCCGCCUCCCUCCCGCACCGUGUUUUCCCUCUUCUUCUUCAAGGAGGCUUUCGAGGCGGAGAGAGGGAGAGAAAGAGCCCUUCUUUGGCCAGGCUUUCCUGAGGGCCAUGUCCUACUGCAGGCAAGAAGGAAAGGACAGGAUUAUAUUUGUGACCAAAGAGGACCAUGAAACACCAAGCAGCGCAGAAUUGGUAGCAGAUGAUCCCAAUGAUCCUUAUGAAGACCAUGGUUUAAUACUACCUAAUGGAGAUAUCAACUGGAAUUGUCCUUGCCUCGGUGGAAUGGCUAGUGGUCCUUGUGGGGAACAAUUCAAGUCAGCCUUUUCCUGCUUCCAUUAUAGUAAGGAGGAAAUAAAGGGAUCUGAUUGUGUGGACCAGUUUCGUGCAAUGCAAGAGUGCAUGCAGAAGUACCCGGAACUGUACCCUCAAGAAGAUGAUGACGACGACAAUAAAGAAGAAAAGCAGAGCAAAGAUUUAGAAAGUACUCCUCCUGUUGUAAGCAAAGAAGAGACAGGAUCUAGCUAAUGAAGCAGCAUGGAGGCUGUGGUCUCCUUUCCAUAUUCAAAGACACAGACACUUAUGCAUAGAACCUUCUCUCCAUCUCCUGCACCCCUUCCGAUCCCUGAGAGUGCCCUUUGUAUCUCUCCCAUACACUGUAUCAUGUGAAAUAAGUUGCUGCAAAGAAAUGCACCCCAGUCCUACAACCGCAGCAGGUACUGCAGAGCACUUCCAUUGCAAAACUACUUGCAGAUAUCAAUACUGCUCCAACCAUUCUUCUAGCAUAUUGUUUGCAGCUUGGCUAGAACAUGUCAAACAAAGAGAUGGAGCCAGCACACAAUGACAAGAAAAAAAAUCUUUAUCAAAAUGUUAAAUUAAUUAAAUUAAUUUUUGUUGAUUGUACCAAACAUCUAUGCUAAAAAUGACACCAAAUGCUUCCUUAAAACUACCAGAAUAUUCAGAAACUGUUAAGAAUAUGUGCAAAAGUUCAUUUGGACAGCCUGCAUGCUUCAAUAGCAUAUAAUAUUUUCCAUAUACUACUGAUUUAUGAUAAUGAUCAUAUUAAUGUAGGGGAGAGUGAGAUUAAUAUUUAAGAAUGAUUUCUCCAAGUGUGCUGAUCGGUCUCCACAUAAUUGAGUUGGUAGUUAAAGACACUGACCACUGUGCAUCUUAAUAUUCCCUGUUCGGUGGGAUUGCCUUUGUAUAAGCCUGUCCAUUUUCUAGACAGAUUGUUUAAAAUGAUGCCCUCAACAGGGGAAUCACAAUGUUACCCGGAGUAACAGCUUCUGAAUAGAAAUUGUAACUUGAGUGUAUAUUAAAAGCAAAAUCUUUCUACCUUGAAUUGCAUUUUUUAAAUGUUGGUGAUAAAUGGAUGAGAGGUUUACAUCAAUUUGUGUUAAGUGAAAAUCCAUAUAUAGCAAGUAUUUGUAUAUUAGGAGAAGUAAUGUUGCCUGCCUACUUCCAUGUGUCUUGUGCAAUGGGUCAUCAUUGACUCUUUAGAGGCAUACAGAUACACACUGCUGCUGCAGAAACUACCAGGGAGAAUUGUUCCAUGGUGUAUUUUUCUUGCGUCUUCUUUCUUGUGUAUAUGUCAUUUCCAGGUAUGGAAUUAUGGAAUGUAUUUGAUCCACUGCAGAAACAACUAGAGUGUUAAAUGUAUUUGGUUGUAUCCAGUUGUUUUCCUCUGCUUCUGUGAAUGUAAGGAGACAAUAUGUUUUUGCUCAUUCAUUCCCCCUCCCUCUGUAGCCUGUAUCCCCCAAGAUCACUGAUCCAGACUCCGUGAUAUCCCAUAAGUGUAGGCUUGUUCCUCUUAUAAGUCAAAACUUGAUCCACUGCAUGAUGCCAUCAACAGAUGGCUUUGUUCCAAGUUCUCCGAAGUGUUUUGGUGAGUGGACUGUCUAAACCUACACCAGUUGAAAAUAAUGUGCAUCUCUAUGUAUUCUCAUUUAAGAGUUUUGUAGAGCUUUUGUGUUCUUGGAAAUAGAUGACAACCAAAAUUAUAUCCUGGAAAUGA